UUUAAGGCAUAAAGCUGGCAACAGAGGCUUAUUAAAUUUCCAUGGGUUGAGACACAACAUCCAGCCUAUGAUUUGAUAAAGUAUUCAGAAUAGCUGAGACACAGCAGAGCGCACUUACUCACGUACUCAGCACCAGGAGGACAGCUGCGAAACGAUAACACUGAUUUUACAUGAUUUGCAGCUAUUCACAGAUGCUUUGUGAAAACUGGAUUCAACACCAUGUUGGUCAGCCAGCUGCUCUUGCCUGUGUACAUCCUUACCUUCCUGAUCGGGCUUCCUGCCAACAUCCUUGCAUUCUGUACCUUCUGCCGCAAGGUCCACCGCAAACCUGCCCCCAUCGACAUCCUCCUACUGAACCUCACAAUCUCUGACCUCAUCUUUCUCACCUUUUUGCCCUUUAAAAUGAAAGAGGCUGUUGAUGACAUGAUUUGGAAGAUGCCAGAAUACCUGUGCCCCCUUAGCAGCUUUAUGUUCUUCUCUACUAUUUACACCAGCACAUUUUUCCUGACAGGAGUUAGCAUGGAACGCUAUCUGGGCGUUGCUUUUCCAAUCCAAUACUCUGUUUAUCGUCGGCCAUGCUACGCCGUGAUCGCCAGCCUGUUUUUCUGGCUUGUUGGCACUCUGAACCUCAGCAUUGUUUACAUUGUGCCAUCUUUGCCUUCCAACAACAGCAUCGAGGGUCAAAGUUUUAACUGGAACAUGACACAACCUUCAGUAAUGAAAUGCUAUAACAACUUUACCCAAGAGCAACUCAGUAUUCUGCUACCAGUGCGUCUGGAGCUGUUUGUAGUGCUCUUCUGCAUUCCUUUCCUUAUCUGUGGCUUCUGCUACAUUAAUUUCAUUCGAAUUCUCUCCAAGUUGCCUCACAUCAGUCGGCGGCGCAGGCUUAGGGCUAUCGGACUGGCCCUCGGAACUCUGGUGGUGUUUGCUGUCUGUUUUGGUCCCUAUAACGCCUCACACGUGGUCGGGUUCGUCCGAGCAGAGAGUGAAGACUGGCGAGAUCUGGCUUUGAUCUCCAGUACGUUAAAUGCCUGCCUAGACCCAAUUAUUUUCUACUUCUCGUCUGCAGCAGUACGAAGUGCAAUCAGUGGUUUUGUGAAAGGAAUGAAGGAGAAAAGUCAUGUCCUGAAGUGCAGGAAGAUUCAUUGUUGCCCCAUUCUGAUGUCUGAGACUGAUAAAUAUAGAGACAGAGACACACCUCCACUCGACAACCAGAGACAUUCCUUAGGACAACUGGAAUUAGAAAGAGCUCUAUAGAGAUUAAAAAAAGCCAUUGCUGUUUAACUGCAUAACAUCUCAUGACCUCCUAUUAUACAAUUUUAUGCAGCUACCUGGACAGCUUUCCAGCCCCCUACUGAAUUAUCAUUCCUUUUGUUUAAAAAGGACUGAUAACUGAAAGACUGAUUUGUUUUCUAUCAUGUUUUGACCAAAAAAAAAAAAAAAAAAAACAUUUUUUAUUAUUUUUAACUGCUUUUUGAGCUCGGUUUGAUUGCAGGAGCUGUUGAAUCAACUUGAUAUGUUUUCUUUAUUCAAAAUGGGCUUUAACAGAAUAAAGUCUGAUAUCUACAAUGUUGUAUGGUGCAUGUUGGCAAAUAUAUGGUAUGGUAUAUUGUAAGAACUUGGUCUCUUGACUGACUGAUUGCUGUUGAUAGAACCAAUUGAAGACCAUACCGUCUGUGAACAGCCCUUAAGUUGGUCAUCUUUGUGCUCUGGUCUUCAUCAGUGAACAUUCAAAGACUUAGUGCAGUCUAGGGCAGGAAAGAAUUAGUGUUAGUCCCUCAGGAGAUCUCAGUUACACAAUUCCACUGGACUACAAACUGUUGUAGAAAGGACAUUAUUUAGUGUACAUUGACGUUAUUUCCUGUCCAGUGUCACCCAAAUGAGGCUGAGGUUCCCUUUUGAGUCUGGUUCCUCUCAAGGUUUCUUCCUCAUAUCAUCUCAGGGAGUCACCAUCACCUCAGGCUUGAUCAUUAGGUAAAGAGGUUUGAGAUAAAUAGUCAUUUAAUUUAAAACUUUACAGUUUUUAUUCUGUUUUUGUGGUUCUGUAAAGCUGCUUUGAGACAACAUCAAUUGUUAAAAGUGCUACAAAAAAUUUUGAAUUGAAUACACGUGAUAUCCUCUGACUGAAAUAUCCUGAGACGUAGACUGUGGCCAUAAAGGACUCAUAGGAGGUUCAAUUGGAAUUAUGGGAAACAAGCCCAACACAAGUAUUUAAAACGAUCUUACAAAACAUGUCCUUCCAUUUUUAUUUGUCAAUAGAGACAAGAAAACUUUGAUAGGAUUAGUUCUAAGAGGCUAUUCCAUCUCCCUGGAGGAAAAUGACAAUUUGGAAAUCUGUUCUAAUUCAAUCCAUUCUUCAUACUUCAGACCAGACAGGACCGGAGAUGUAGAAAUCAAUUUUGGCAUAUUGAAUUGACUGUUCAAACCAGCCACUGUUUAAACCUUCACUCUAAUUGACUACAUUCAUUCAUCUUCAGUAACUGCUUUAUCCUAGUCAAGCUCAUGAUGGAUCCAAAGCCCUGGGAGUAGAGAUGGG